AUGGAGAGCUUAACGUUGAACGAGGGACACUCCUUCCGGCGAUACCAGGAUCGACCCCAAUCGAAGGACCAGCGCCAUCGCCCUUCUCGUCUGCCAACUCCCGACACUUCUCGAAGCAGCAACGACAGUCAGAGCCCACCCGAGAGUGGCUCACUUGACUUUCCAACUGUCACGAAGUUUGGACUCGCAGGAUUGCCUGACGGCGUUGGUCAACAAAGGCGAGACAGUCGGUAUUCUGCCGGCCAAUAUUCACCACCUUACCGACCAGACGACAUGCAAAGACCUUCUUUGCCUCCAAUCAAGACGGUCCUCGGCGACAACAUAGCAAGUCCACCGACGACGCCUAGCCCACAUGGAACGCCCAUGCAACCGUCUCCGCAUGAGCCAUUGUACACCGCACUGGCUUACAAGCCUUCGUCUCUCUACCCGAACAAGAAGCAACGGACAGAGCCCUUUCCAAGUCUGGGACCACAAUAUGCAACCGCGAACAGGUCCGGCUCUCACUUCGCACCGUCCGCGACGCUCGAGCCACAACCUACCGGAUCGUCCAUGGGGCCGAACAUGCAAUUCCCACCUAUCUCGCAAAUUAACACUGUCGACUCGCGUCGAGCAUCCUCCUCGCACAACAGUCCGCCUUGGUCAUCACACUAUCCCCCUAGCAAGGUCGCUGCAGCGAGUCAUUAUCAGACACCGGCUCCAACACCUACAUCGGCUGUGAUGGAGCCAUUUCCCAGGAUGACCACAUUGCCCGCUCCCGCCGCACAAGACCCCUUUGCAAGAGAAAUGCGUGAGAGCUUCUCGUACAAUGGCGACCGUUCAGGUCCACGGAGGCCCGCCAGCGCCUAUAAUACAUACACUGCGCGACCGUAUGAGCGCGAGCCGCUACGUCAAUCACCUUACCACCCUCAGGGUGUACGAUACUCUCUGCCAGUUCGUGGCUCAUUCGCGGACAAUCGCGACAGCAUCCGUUAUGGACGAACAGACGAGCAACAGCCUCGAUCAUUCGGCCAGACUACCUACCAGGGGAACGUUCCUUCAUACUUCAUGCCCAGUCAGUACGAGUACCAGCACGGGAAAGCACGCAAGCGAAGCAAUUUGCCCAAACAAUCCACUGAGAUCAUGAAGACGUGGUUCGAUCAGGCCGACGAUACAUCCUACGAGGCACUCACUAACAUCGAGCAGGCUACAGGCAUUAAUUUGACUCAAGUCAGCAACUGGUUCAUCAACCACAGGAGGAGAUGUCCAGAGCUCCGCGACAAGCGGGAAAGAGUUCGCGGAGGAAGCCGCGACUGCGACAUGUGA